AGGGACGCGAACACCAGCCAAACUUCCGGUGCCUGCAGAGCGGGGAGCGGCGGUCGCCCAGAUCGCGGCUGCUCGGGCAGAGGCUGCACGGGCAGAGGCUGCACGGGCGGACGCGCGGCCGGGGGCAGCCAUGGUGAAGAUCAGCUUCCAGCCCGCCGUGGCCGGCAUCAAGGGCGACAAGGCCGAUAAGGCUUCGGCCGCGGCGCCGGCCCCGGCCGCCGAGAUCCUGCUGACGCCCGCUCGGGAGGAGCGGGCCCCCCCGCAGCGCUCCAAGAAGGGGAGCUCUGUAGGCGGCGUGUGCUACCUGUCAAUGGGCAUGGUCGUGUUGCUCAUGGGCCUCGUGUUCGCCUCCGUCUACAUCUACAGAUACUUCUUCCUUGCACAGCUGGCCCGAGACAACUUCUUCCACUGUGGGGUUCUCUACGAGGACUCCCUGUCCUCCCAGGUCCGCACGCGGAUGGAGCUGGAGGAGGACGUGAAGAUCUACCUCGAAGAGAACUAUGAGCGCAUCAAUGUGCCGGUGCCCCAGUUCGGCGGCGGUGACCCCGCAGACAUCAUUCAUGACUUCCAGCGGGGGCUCACCGCCUACCAUGACAUCUCCCUGGACAAGUGCUAUGUUAUCGAGCUCAACACCACCAUUGUGCUGCCCCCCCGAAACUUCUGGGAGCUCCUCAUGAACGUGAAGAGAGGGACCUACCUCCCGCAGACGUACAUCAUCCAGGAGGAGAUGGUGGUGACGGAGCACGUCAGCGACAAGGAGGCCCUGGGCUCCUUCAUCUACCACCUGUGCAGCGGGAAGGACACCUACCGGCUGCGGCGCCGGGCCACCCGGAGGCGGAUCAACAAGCGAGGGGCCAAGAACUGCAACGCCAUCCGCCACUUCGAGAACACCUUCGUGGUGGAGACCCUCAUCUGCGGGGUGGUGUGAGGGCCGCCCCCUCCAGGCCCCACCCCUGCCCUCUGCCGUGUUUCUCUUCUGGCCACUCUGGCUGUCCUCUUUCCCCUCGCUUAGCUUGUACUUUGGACACCUUUCCAUAGAUGUGACGUGUCUCCUGGUUCCUUUCUAGCCCUGCCCGCCUCCCCGUACCAGAGCCGUGACCUCUCGAGGCCCCACCUCUUCCGAGCUCCCGGGUCUGGGGGACAGGAGGGUGCCACCAGGUGGUUGCCGUGACCACCGUCCUGCAGUCGGGUCCGCCGGGGCCGGCCCCCAGCUGCUCUGGCAGCCCAGGGGAAGGGCUGGACAGAGGGGCCAGGCUCGUGGGGGCCCUGGGCGAGGGGACAGCCGGGGAUGGGGUGUGGGGCUCAGAAAUGUCUGCACAGCUGGGGAAGUCCCACAAGGCUUGUUCCUUGGACAGUCCCAUGUCCAGAUUCCCAGAUCUGGGCUGAGGAUGGGGGAGUGUGCCCAGGGAUGGACCCACCCAGAGCACAAGGGAAGAUGGGGUCCUGGGGCUCCCCCCCAGGGCUCUUGUCAGUGCCUUCAGCCCACCAGCGGGAGCCUGGAGUGAGGGGUGGGGAUCAGUCUGCCAAGCACAAUCGUUCUCCGAGUGGAACCAAAGAAGGGAGGAGCCAGGGCCCCCCCGGCCCUGCCCCCCCCCCCAGGAGCACAAGCACGGGGGGGUCCUGCGGCCAUGGCACGGGGAUGGGACAGAGGGGGGGCCGCUCUCACCUGUCAGCGGGCAGCCCUGCGGGGCUGAGCGCUGAGCAGAGCCAAGGGGGUGGGCUCGCUGCUUUCUCCAAGCUUGGAGCUGUUUUAGAAGAUAAUGUGGGGGAAAGGGAGAGCCACCUGGUACUUGUACACCCUGCCGCCUCCUCGUUCUGAAAUUCCGUCCCCCUCGGCUUUGGGGGAAUGCAGCCUUUUUUUCCUUUUCCUUCUCACUUUUGCAUGUUUUUACUGAUCAUUCAAUAUGCUAACCGUUCCCAGCCCUGAGCCUUGAAGAGGAGGUUUCGACGCCUCCGUCAGACUUAGGUGCUCUCUGGAGAUGAAACUCUUAAAUGCUUUGUAUAUUUUCUCAACUAGAUCCCUUUUCAGAAGUGUCCGUAGAACAAUAAAAAUCUUUGACUUCUGA